UUUCUUCUAUUUUACUCCUCCAUUCUUCUGACCUGUUCUUCCAUAAUUUCUGCUGUUCUUCCAUUUCUCAGAAUUUCUCUAUACCAAAAUUUGAUUUCUCCAUGGAUUCGCUGAACCAUCUUCGAAAUCCCUCCUUAGAACCUGACCCGCAACUACCCAACAUCAAAAUUCACCAUCCUGCCUCCCCUCGCCAUCACUCCACCUCUACUCCCGUCGCCACCCCCACCCCCACCGCUGGUGCCCGCCGUAAGAUUGGGGUGGCUGUUGACCUUUCCGAGGAGAGUGCUUAUGCUGUUCAUUGGGCUGUUCAACACUACAUUCGCCCUGGUGAUGCUGUCAUUCUCCUCCAUGUUAGCCCUACUUCCGUCCUCUUCGGCGCCGAUUGGGGCUCUAUUGACAUUACUCUCGAUAUCCCCGGUGAUAAUCCCGACGAUCAGGAUGCUGCGAAUUCUGAAAACAGUCAUCGGCAGAACCGCACCGAGCGCUCAAAACGUAAAAUGGAGGACGAUUUCGAUGCAUUUACUGCCUCCAAAGCUGCUGAUUUAGCUAAGCCUUUGAAAGAUGUUCAGAUUCCGUACAAGAUUCACAUAGUGAAGGAUCAUGAUAUGAGAGAGAGACUUUGUUUGGAAGUGGAGAGAUUGGGGCUGAAUGCCCUGAUCAUGGGCAGUCGGGGUUUUGGUGCUGCGAAGCGUGGAAAUGACAGUGGGCUCGGGAGCGUUAGCGAUUAUUGUGUGCAUCAUUGCGCUUGUCCUGUAGUGGUGGUGCGUUUUCCUGACGAGAAAGAUGUUGGGAUCGGUAGCGGUUCUGUAGCUGUAGCGAAAAAGGACGAUGACGCCCAGAAAAAAUCUGCAGCAGAGGAAGUGGAGCCGAAAGGUGUUUAGCUGGUAAUAUCCACGUCAGAGACUGAUGCAAUUUGUGUUGAAAAGCUGGGGUGUCAUGGUGAUUAGGUGAGAAGCAAAGUGGAUUAUGGGUUUUGAGUCUGAAUAACAGAGCCCCUAUCCCCUGUUAUCCGAGAUGAAGAAACCGGUGAAUAAGAAAGUAAUAUGUGUGAAUGAUUUGAAGUUGAUGUCUGCCCCUUUUCAAAUUGUUUUAUUGUUUUGAUAUCAUCAAUUAACAUUUUGUCGCUCUUUUGCCACGUUUAAUUAUCUCCUGAAAUCUUGGAACAAAUUUGAUAUGUUGCUUCUUUUUCUCAUCAGUGGUUGAAUUGUGAAAUA